AUGACGCUGAGAGUGAAAAAGGCGCGCCUCCGCGGAGAAGUAGAAAUCUGCGAAAGACACAGAGAAGAAAAAAGAAAGAAGAACAACCUCGAGCGACAAGCACUCGAGGAACGUCGAGCCAAGUCGAGGUGUGGGAGGGAGCCUAAGGAGGACUCCCCUGACGAGGACGAUGAAAAUGAUGAUGAUGAUGAUGAUGAUGAUGACGACGAUUCUGAGGGGAUGGCAGCCUGUCUCGACCGGGUUCUACAAGGCCUGCCGCAGCCCGCAGAUCGACGUCUCUUCGUCGCGCGCGGGGGCUUCCAAGGGGCCGGAAGUGAUGAGUCCAAGGGCGAUCCACGGUCGUCGGGCGGCCGCAGUGUGGACGAGAAGGUCGAGGCUCCUCAGACUGAGGGGUGGACGCCAUGGCCUAUUGGGCUCCAUUCCGUUGAGGAAGAGAGGGAGAAGAAGAACGAGGAGGAGCAACGGAAGAGGAGGGAAGAGGAAAAGAAGAAAGAGGAGGAAGAGGGGGAGCAGCGUCGUCUGCUGGAGCAGCAGCAGCAAGAGGCGGGCUCGCUCGAGACGGUGCAAGAACUUAUCCGGGGCGUCAAGGCACGCACAGAGGAAGAGCUCGAGCACUGGGGUCCAGGAAGGAUCCGCCUUCAAGCCUCCACGUCUCCGGACGAGCCCAAUAUCAUGAUGGACGAUCGGAAGGAGGCGGAGAAGUGGGAGCACCUCGAAGAGCUUCGUCUCUGGAUGGAGCACGUCGUGGGCCUCAUGUCCGACAUCAUCAACAACGUCCUAGGCCAGGCCUUCUUUGUAAGGAUCUCUGGACUCUCGUCACUUUGA